AUGAUAAGUAUUCAAUGUAAUAAACCAGAGAAAAAAGAUAAAGAUAAACAAGAAGAAGAAGGACAAAAGAUGUCAGAUAACGAAUCAAAGAAAUCUAUUAAUCAAAUUAUUAGAGAGGGUUACGAAAGUCUACCGAAGGGUGGAAGUGCAACAGAUAACAUUUUGAAAGCAGAAUCGGAAACAACGAAUAGCAUUAACAACUACAGCCCUAAUCCAUACGAAUAUCAAACUAUACCAGAGCAUCAAUGUAUACACGACCAACUAAUGGAACGUCAAAAAAAGAUUUUUGUAUUUACAGCAACCAAAUAUUAG